GGCUCAGCUGGUCGUGUGACUGCUAAUUAGGUAUUAGGUUGCUUUUAUAAAUUGAAUUGUGCUCCCAUUCAGCAGCACAAUUAUUUGGAUCAAGUUUGUUGAUAAGGUCAGCACAUUCCCCGGAAAGUGAAAGUUGGAAUGAGGCAUUUUAUUUUCGUGAUUUUCGGGACAACGCUAUGGCAAGUUUCGGAACCAAAACUGAGUGAUUACUGUCAAAAAAGCCUGUGUUCCGAAAAUGAGCGACAUGUGGCUUGCAAUGGACCUACUAAGAUGGCGCCAGCAUGUGGAAGCAAUGCCAAGGAAAUCUUGAUGGAUGAUGGGAAAAAAUCACUGAUCCUCGAUUUGCAUAACAAGCUGAGAAGUAAGAUUGCUAGCGGAAAGCAGAAUUACACCAGAUCCAAGUUCUAUCCGCAAGCAGCUCGAAUGGCCACUCUACAAUGGGAUCCGCAGUUGGCAGAAGUUGCGGCGGCAAAUGCCCGAGGAUGUGAAUAUGGACAUGAUGAAUGCCGCAACACUCCAAAGUACCCAGCGGCAGGUCAAAACAUCGCAAUCAUUAACUACUAUGGGAAGACGUAUUCGGACAACGAGUUGAUAACCAGAUUUAUCAAUGACUGGUAUUCGGAAUAUUCUGACGCGAAUCCAUCCAUCAUUGGUUCCUAUCCUGAAAACUACAAGGGACCUCAAAUCGGACACUUCACCCAGAUUGCCUCAGAUCGAACUGACCGUGUUGGGUGUGCUGUUGUUCGAUACGUCAAAAAUCCUUGGAACAAUGUUUACAUUGUGUGCAACUAUGGACUCACCAAUAUCAUCGAUCAGCCGGUAUAUGUCGUAGGAAAUGCUUGUUCCCAAUGCCGAACCGGAUGCAAUCGUCAAUAUAGUGGAUUGUGCAAUACUAACGAAGCAGUUAGUUCAGUUCCUUAGAAUGUUUAAAUAUAAUAAACCGUAUAUUUUUAUAUUCAUU